AUGGAGCGCACCUUUUCCGCCAGCGGCCGCCACAAUCACCCCACGUUCGGCUCCCCCGCGCUCCGCCCUUCCGCCUCCCCCCUCUUCACCCACGCUUCCCACGCCACCGCGCGAUCCCCGCCGCACUCCCCGUCGUAUUCCCCGCCGUAUUCCCCGCCGUAUUCCCCCCCUUACUCCCCAAGCUCCCCCUCUAAAGGCCCCUUCCCCCAAGCCUCCCCGCGCCUUAGAUGCCUAUAUAUAGCGAUUCUGAUAGUAGUGUCAUACAAUCUAAGUUACGUGGUUGAGCAUUUAACUCUGUCCUUGUUGGGCCGCCCUAACGCGUGGUCGCGCGGCGGCGCGAAGGGCGGGGAGGAGGAGUACGGCGCGUACGGCGCGGACACCGCGCUUUAUAACGCGCUGUCCGCGGCUAUCGAUAGCGGGGAUGACCCGCCCACGCUGGCGUCUUUCACGCCGCCCGACCUGCCCGAAUGGGACCCCAACGACGUGCAAGUGGAGGUGCCGGUGGUGUUCUACCAUGGCCGCCCGGGAGCCUCGCCCUGCCAUAAGUCACAUUAUGUCUAUAAAGUAGUCUCCGAGGCGCGCAAGCACAACAACGCGGUGCAUUUCAUCGGCCCUCGGGAGUGUCGGCAGUUUUUCUUCCACAUGGGGGUGGCGUUCGAGGAGCAUGCGGAGUACGAGGAGGUGUACGAGUGGUUCAUCCGCAACCUCGGGACUCCAGUUGACGUGCACGUGCGAUGGUUCAUACUAAAGAAGUUCAUGGAGCGCCACAACUACGGACGCAUAUUCCACCUCGCCACCGAAGUCAUGCUCUUCGCCAAUGCCUCCCAGGUGGCGGCAUGGCUAUUCCCUAACUCUGACCUCGCUCUCCCUGCGCGCUGGCCAAGCAUCAGACCUCCGUUGAGGCCCACUCAGUACUCCUCUGCAGGAGUGGGAACGCACAUAGCCCUCAUGUCAUACGCAGCGCUGGUGGACUGGUGUCUCUUCUUGCACGCUGUCUUUGACUCGGCCAUGUUCGGAGGCGACAAGGACACCCAGGACCUCGUGCUGCUGCCCUCAUAUGUAGACGUAACCAUUAUGGGGUGGUACACCUUCGCUGGCUGCUGGCUGCAGUGGGUGGAACCCCCAUGUGUAUCGGGCGUCAAACCCGAGACUGCCAAAGCCCUCCGCAAGCGGGGCAUUCAACCGCGCUUCCGCGUGCAAUCCCUCUGCCAGCCGCGGCGCUGCCUCAACUCCUCCUGGUCCGACCCCGGCCUCUGCGUCUUCGACAACAACUUCUCCCUCACGCCCGGCCGCCCGUUCUUCAAGUUUAAAACCGGGGACAAGUGUCCGAGCACGAUGCACUACGGGUUUUUCCGCGGGUGGGAGGAGGAGGCGCAGAGUGAGCCGGUGCAGUUCCUGGCGGUGCAUUUCAUGCACCGGAAGAAAGAGUUUCUGAGUACUAAGUUCCCACCUGAACCGGAGAAGUCGUGGGGUAGUGCGAGCGAGUAG